AUGUGCGACAGAAGUUUUGACGCAGCUGUGAAGAGAAGCGUUUUGGUCCAGUCUCAGUUUGAUGGGCGUGAGUGGUGCUGCACCCUACAGGAGGAGGUGGAAGCCUUCAUGCGAGUUGGUCAUUCAAAGAGAAGAGCGUCUGCGGCAUGUGGUCCGCACAAGAAGAUCCCCUCCCACACAUGUCCCUCACUCAUGUCCAACAAGAAGAAGGACUCACAGAAGGAGACCAGGGGCCCCCGUGGAGAAGGAGACCAGGGGCCCCGUGGAGAAAGGAGAACCAGGGGGGCCCCGUGGAGAAGGAGACCAGGGGCCCCGUGGAGAAGGAGACCAGGGGCCCCGUGGAGAAGGAGACCAGGGGCGCCCGUGGAGAAGAGACAAGGGCCCCGUGCAAAGGAGACCAGGGGCCCCAAGGAGGAGAGGAAGGAGGUCCACAGCUUGUGCCCAGAAGAAGGACCAGGGCUUAGCCAGACCAGAACCAAGCCAAGGCACUCAGAAGGGCACAAAGCCGUGAGAGCGGCCCCCAACGAACAAGCAGAGCAGAGGCCUGUGAGGGAAGAGACUGAGAAGACGACGAUCACUAGAAGCAACCCUUAG